AUGGGUGUUUUGACAACAGGAAUGGGCGGCGAUUCACUGAGCCUCAGAGCAGCCAUGAUGAGAGAGUCACUGCAAAAGAGCCAAACCAUCACUGACAGCGUCGUCUCCAUUCUCGGCUCCUUUGACCACCGCCUCUCUGCCCUUGAAACCGCCAUGCGUCCUACCCAGAUUAGAACGCAUUCUAUCCGGAAAGCACAUGAGAACAUUGAUAAGACCUUGAAGGCUGCUGAGGUUAUACUGGCACAAUUCGAUCUUUCUCGCCAGGAAAUUCAUGAGAUCAUUGUUAGUGGUUGUACUCUGGGUCAAGCAAAUAGUUUGCUUGCUAAAGCAAUUUCAAAGCUUGAAGAUGAGUUCAAGCAGCUGCUGUUGUCUUACAGCAAACCUGUGGAGCCUGAACGCCUUUUUGAUUGCCUCCCAAACUCAUUGCGGCCAUCUUCUGGGUCUCCUGGUGAUUACAGUGGCAAGAAUCCAUCCAAUAAUCAUGCUGAACACCACAACAGUAGCUUAGAAAAUGCUGUUUACACACCUCCUACUCUAAUACCACCACGGGUUAUUCCAUUGUUGCAUGAUUUAGCCCAGCAAAUGUUUCAAGCUGGUCACCAACAGCAGUUGCUAAUAAUUUACAGGGAUACUCGUUCGUCAGUUUUGGAAGAAAGCCUUCAGAAAUUGGGGGUCGAAAAACUUAGCAAGGAUGAUGUUCAGAAAAUGCAAUGGGAGAUUUUGGAGGCCAAGAUUGGAAACUGGAUUCAUUACAUGCGUAUAGCUGUCAAAUUACUGUUUGCUGGUGAACGGAAAGUUUGUGAUCAAAUGUUUGAAGCCUUUGAUUCUCUCGGUGACCAAUGUUUUGCUGAAGUUACCAGAAGUAGUGUCUCAGUUUUACUUAGUUUUGGAGAGGCGAUUGCUAACAGCAAGAGAUCCCCGGAAAAGUUAUUUGUACUUUUAGACAUGUACGAGAUAAUGCGGGAGCUGCACUCUGAGAUUGAAACGAUCUUCAUUGGUAAAGCUUGUGCUGAAAUUAGAGAAUCAGCGUCAAGCUUGACAAAACGGCUUGCCCAGACCGCGAAAAAGACCUUUGGUGAUUUUGAAGAAGCAGUUGAAAGGGAUGCAACGAAAACUGCUGUAUCUGAUGGCACUGUCCAUCCUUUGACAAGCUAUGUGAUCAACUAUGUGAAGUUUCUUUUUGAAAUUGAAAAUGGAGAUGAAGGUGGUUCACAACUAGCCUCUGUCACGAUGCAAAUAAUGCAGGCUCUUCAGACCAAUUUGGAUGGGAAAUCUAAGCAGUAUAGAGAUCCUUCUUUAACUCACCUAUUUCUCAUGAACAAUAUUCAUUAUAUGGUCAGAUCGGUGCGCAGAUCUGAAGCCAAAGAUUUGUUAGGGGAUGAUUGGGUGCAAAGACACCGGAGGAUUGUGCAGCAGCAUGCAAAUCAAUACAAAAGAAAUGCUUGGGGGAAGAUUCUGCAGUGCCUAUCCAUUCAAGGCUUGACCUCAUCUGGUGGUGGUAGUUCAGUAGCUGGUGAUGGAGGAAGUAGCAGUGGAGUUUCACGAGCAAUUGUUAAAGACAGGUUCAAGACGUUCAAUAUGCAAUUUGAGGACCUUCAUCAAAAACAAUCUCAGUGGACAGUUCCUGAUACUGAGUUGCGAGAGUCACUGAGACUUGCAGUAGCUGAAGUCUUAUUGCCUGCCUACAGAUCUUUCAUAAAACGUUAUGGGCCUCUAGUUGAGAGUGGGAAGAACCCCCAAAAGUAUAUCAGAUACACAGCAGAGGAUCUUGAACGAAUGCUGGGUGAAUUCUUCGAGGGCAAGAACGUGAAUGAACCCAAGCGGUAG